CUAAACCCUUGAUUCAAAUCACCGGGCCAUUGAGCUCCUCACAUUUCCAUUGCAGGCAUAUUAGCCUUAGCCUAGUUAUCAGCAGCUUUUCUCUUUUACUUUAUUAUAUUUGUUUCUGAGUGACUCUUCUUUACGAUUUGAAGAUUCCUCUUCCUCUGUGAGAUGAAUUUGAAGCGCUUAGUUUCUAAGGAUACUAUUAACAGUUUAUCGAGAUUAAAUGGGAGAUUAUCAACUCCUUAUUUCAACAAUCACCAAAAUUUAGCCUCCAUUGUAGCCCCAGUCUUACCUUAUACUUGGUCACCAGAAGGUCAUGGCUUUACUCUUCUCCAAAAUCCUAGAAUCCCAAAGCCCCUUUUGUCUUUCACCAGAUAUAUUCAUUCAACUCGAGAAACUAAACUAAUUAGUUCAAGCGUUGACCCUGGAAACGAUAUGGAGGAGGAGGAUGAGGGCAUUAAUGAGUUUUUGUCACGAUUUGUUUGGACAAUGCGUAAGAAGAUGGUUGAAGCUUAUCUAGAUUGCGAUAAACAAACGAUUGAUGGUAUGCUAUUAAUUCUUGUUGAGAAAGUUGUAUCUGAGAUGGAAAAGGGAGGUUUACAGCAUAUGCUUGGCUCUGCUGGGGCCACGCCAUCUCAGGAUUUUAGCGAGGAUUUGUGGAAAACAGUGUGGGAAGUCAGCAAUUCGGUAUUGGAGGACAUGGAGAAAGCGAGGAAGAAGGAGAAAAUGAAAGGGUUUUUACAGUCUGAAGAAGUGAAGGUAAUGACUAGGUUUGCUGGCGAAAUUGGUAUUCGUGGGGAUUUAUUGAAAGAGCUUAGGUUUAAAUGGGCUCGUGAAAAAAUGGAGGAGUGUGAGUUUUAUGAGGGUUUGGAGCGAAUGAGAAAAGAGGCACAAGCACAAGAAAAAGAAGAAGCAGAAAGAAAAAAUGGUGCAGUUAUGGAUGGAGAGGGUGUUGGAAUGGAGGAUAAACCGAAAGUUGUCACCCUUCCAAAGAGACACGGGAAGAUAAAAUACAAGAUUUAUGGACUCGAUCUAUCAGAUUCAAAGUGGACCAAAGUAGCUGAUAAGAUCCAUGAGUCAGAAGAGGUCCUAUGGCCUCAGGAACCGAAGCCAGUAUCUGGGAAGUGCAAACUGGUUACUGAGAAAAUCCUCUCGUUAAAAGAGGAGGAAGACCCUUCACUUUUGUUGGCUGAAUGGAAAGAGCUUCUACAGCCUAGCAGGAUAGACUGGAUCACCCUACUUGAUAAAUUGCAAGAAAAGAAUACUCAGUUGUGCUUCAAGGUUUCAGAACUUUUGUUGAGUGAAAAAUCUUUCCAAACAAAUGUUCGAGACUACUCAAAGCUUAUUGAAGCCUAUGCUAAGGAAAAUCGAUUAGAAGACGCUGAGAGAAUUUUCAAACAGAUGAAUGAGAAUGGUAUUCUGCCAGAUAUUUUGACAGCCACUGUGCUGGUUCACAUGUAUAGCAAAGCAGGCAACCUUGAUCGUGCUAAAGAAGCAUUUGAACGCUUGAAGAGCCAUGGCUUUCAACCAGACAUGAAGGUCUAUAACUCAAUGAUCAUGGCAUAUGUGAAUGUUGGCCAACCCAAGUUGGGUGAGAUGUUGAUCAGAGAGAUGGAGGUAAGAGACAUCAAACCUUCAAAGGAGAUUUAUUUAGCAUUGCUACGAUCCUUUGCCCGAUGUGGUGAUGUUAGUGGAGCUGGACGAAUCGCAAUAACCAUGCAAUUUGCUGGAUUCCAACCAACUUUGGAGUCUUGCACCUUGCUUGUGGAGGCUUAUGGACUAGCUGGUGACCCUGAUCAGGCAAGGAGCAACUUUGAUGACAUGAUAAAACUUGGGUAUAAGCCUGAUGAUAGGUGCACAGCUAGCAUGAUUGCAGCUUAUGAGAAAAAGAAUUUAUUGGAUAAGGCCUUAAGCCUCUUAUUGCAGCUUGAGAAGGAUGGCUUCGAGCCUGGACCUGCUACUUAUACUGUUCUUGUUGAUUGGUUGGGUAGGCUGCAGCUGGUUGAUGAGGCUGAACAUCUAUUGGGUAAGAUUUCUGAGCUGGGUGAGGCACCACCUUUUAAGCUUCAAGUAAGCCUUUGUGAUAUGUAUGCAAGGGCCAGGGUUGAGAAGAAAGCUCUUCAGGCUCUGGGGGUUUUAGAAUCAAGGGAGGAACAAAUGGAACCUGUUGAUUUUGAGAGGGUUAUAAAUGGGCUUAUUGCAGGUGGGUUUGUGCAAGAUGCUCUUCGGGUACAUAGGCGAAUGGAGGGCCGAGGGUACACCGCAUCUGAGGAUUUAAAGGUAGCACUAAUGGCAUCUGAAGCCUUCAGCCGCAAGAGACCAACAAUGAGAUAGUAAUGCUUUUCUUCAAGCCUUACACUGCCAAGAAAUGGUCAUGGGAAUAAUCUGAUUGCGAAGCAGGAUGCACUCCUCAAAUGAGUUGGUGAAGCUUUUUAUUUUCAUCUUCAUCUUAGUCUUGCUUUCUUUCGUGGUGGUAUUUAUGCCCAAAUAGAUAGAAUGCCAGUUACUCGUCUUUUGUAACAAUUACUUAAAGAGGUACCCUCUUUUUUAUCUUCUUAAUCCUGCUUUCAUGUCUUCAA